ACUGAUAGCAAAAAUCCGUGGAAUAGAGGUACAUGUAUCCCUGCUUCUGUGGAGCUUCUAAGCAUAAAUUAUGAUAUUAUACAGAAACACUACAAGAGCAGUUCUAUGCACAACCACUUAUAUAAAUCAUGUAGUUCUUUAGCAAAGGCAGACAAAUGUUCAGAAACUGGAAUUCCUUCCCUGGAAAGAGCCAUGUAUGCUGAAAUUCAGUUAAAAAUGGAUGGAUCUCAAGUAGAACUGAAGUCGCUAGGAAACCAGUCCCCAGUAAAUGAAAGUGAGCCUGAAAGUACUGGUUUAAAUUAUGUCAGAGACAAAAAUGACAUUUCAAAAACUUUCUGUGCUUUGCAUAACACCUUCAUUUGGAAUGGCUGCCUACAGUCGGUAAAGGUUUGUAAUGAUUUCAGCAAUGACUCCACAGCCUGCACUUGUAAAUUAAUGGAAUUACCAACUACCUGUGGGAAUAAAACUGGACAACAGUUGUGUGAUACCUGUGCCACUUCAAGGGAUAGCUACUUGUGUUUGGAAAGAGCAGCCCCAAAACUGAAUGUGGCGUGCUCAGGUCGUACUUUCUCAAGUUCUAAUUUUACUGGAAGAAUGCUUUCAAAGCCCUCUCUGAGCCAAUGUGAAAACUUCAGUGAAAGCUAUGAAGAGGAGAUGGAUGAGGAUUUUUAUCCAAGUAAGAAGGAGCGCUCCACCUUGUUAGUCAGAAGAUUUUGCAAAAAUGAUAAGGAGGUUAAGAAAUCAGUCUAUGCUGGAACGAGAGCGAUUGUGAGGACUUUACCGUCAGGGCACAUAGGAGAUGUCGCUUGGAAUUGUAUUGACCAGAGGAGAGCCCACAUUCUUUGGCCCUGCAUUAAUGGUAUCCAACCUAUUACCAGUAUCUCUUGUUCUGAGUCUGGAAGGUGAAAAGGGAAAGAGCAGGCCACGUGCUUGCUUCAAAACCCCAUGCGAAGGGAAAAAACAGAAGAUACUUUGGAAUAUUUUUCCCACCGUGUGAGGGAACCACUAGCACACCGUGCAAACUGCUGCUGCAGAGGCAAUGGCUCUUGCCUAAAACCAUGUAUUCAAAGCCCUGCUGAGUAUCGUGCUACCUUAUGCAGUACUUCACUUUCAAAUUUUAUCACUGGUGCUCUACUAGAAGCAACUACAUCAUUGGGAGCAAGAAGUGGUACACUAAAUAUUGUAGGCGGAUCUACUGGGAAAACCAUGCUAAAAGAACGACACUUGAGUUCAUCUAUGGCUGGAUCAAAUACCCUUCCGUCCACUGUGGCUGGUAUCAGCAAAGAACUGGUAGAACUUCAGCAUCUCAUACAGUUUCCAGAGGAGGUUGCCAGUAUUCUGACUGAGCAAGAGCAGUAUCUCUACAGAAAAGUAUUGCCCAUUGACUACCUGUGCUUCUUAACCAGAGAUUUGGGCAACGCCGAAUGCCAGAGCAACCUUUCAACUAUUAAGGCUUCUGUUUCUGCAUCUCUUCUUUCCUGUCCGAAUGGGGAACACAAUGCAAUUGAAGAUCUGGUGACAAGAUUCAAUGAGGUGAGCUCUUGGGUGACGUGGCUGAUUCUGACUGCAGGUUCUAUGGAGGAAAAACGAGAAGUCUUCUCAUAUGUGGUACAUGUGGCAAAAUGCUGCUGGAACAUGGGCAACUACAAUGCUGUCAUGGAGUUCUUGGCAGGGCUCAGGUCACGAAAAGUUUUAAAAAUGUGGCAGUUCAUGGACCAGUCUGAUAUUGAAACAAUGCGAAGCUUGAAAGAUGCUAUGGCGCAGCAUGAAUCGUCAUCAGAAUAUAGAAAAGUCGUCAACAGGGCUCUGAACAUCCCAGGCUGUAAAGUUGUCCCUUUCUGUGGUGUAUUUUUAAAAGAACUUUGUGAAAUUCUGGAUGGCGCUGCCAGCCUCAUCAGGCUCUGUCCUCAGUACAACGCUCAGGAUGAAACACUAGAGUUUGUAGCAGAAUACAGGGGCCAAGAUAACUAUUUACAACGGGUAGGUCAGGAUGGCUUACAUAAUGCAGAAAAAGAAUCAACAGCUAACUACAUCUUCCAAACCAUUCGGAGUUGUAACCGCAGCUUGGAAUCUGAAGAUGGAGAAGACAGUUUCAUCGAAUAUGAUGAUGGAAAUUUCAGAAGAAAUUCCUUGAAAGACAGAAACCGCUAUCAGUUUAUCACUGGAGAUCUGUCGGAUUCUGAAAGUGACAUAUUUGAACAGUCCAAGGAAUGGACCUCACAGGCCGCUGAAGAGCAGCAGCAAGCUUUCACUCACGGAAUAGAGCUUAUUCCCUGGUACGUGCUGUCAAUCAGAGCUGAUGUCCACCAGUUCAUGCUGCAAGGGGCAACAGUAAUACAUUAUGACCAAGAGACACAUUUUUCAGCGCGCUGCUUUCUUCAGCUCCAGCCUGACAACAGCACAUUGACAUGGAUGAAAUCCAAUGCUGCUUGCUCUGCAAAUUCUAAAGUGAAAAUGAACACGCUGGGUAGCACUUCUGAACUCGGUAAAUUUCAAUUUCUUAGCAAUACUGGAUUAAACGGACUGGCGGAAGGCUGCUUGGACCUGUUUUCAGCAAAAGCUGUGUAUAUGGGCCACUCUGGCAUUGAUAUACAUGCGGUUUGCAUCCAAAAUAAACUUUGCAAUAUGUCCCUGGAAGAGAAUGGUGUGACACUCUUAUACGGGCUGCAGACUACUGAAAAUAAGUUGUUACACUUUGUGGCUCCAAAAUACACUGCCAGAAUGCUUUUUGAUGGAUUGCUGGAACUAAUGAAAGCUGUAAGAAAAAUGAAGAAAUUCCCUGAUCAGAGAAUGCAGUGGCUGCGGAAGCAAUAUGUCAGCCUCUACCAGGAGGAUGGCAGAUACGAAGGCCCAACUUUGGCUCAAGCUGUCGAGUUGUUUGGAGGGAGACGCUGGAGCUCAAGAAACACCAGCGCAGGAAACAUGGCCAGAGGCACAGAGAAACCCAACGUGCAAAGGAACAACACUCUGGGAAUAAGCACAGCCAAGAAAAAGAAGAAAGUGCUCAUGAGGGGUGAAAGUGGGGAUGGCGCCGAUGAUGAGAUGGUGACGCGAAAAGCCAGACCAUACAAAGAAAAUCGGAGCAGAAGUGGCUCAGACCCUCAAGAUAUUGAUGAACAAGAAGAAACUGAAUCAAAUCUUACUGGUACCAACAUUCUGCCUUCCAAAAGAGCGCAAUCUUUGUCUACCUCAUCUUCAUCUAAUGUAGCGUCUGGGUUACCUUCACCUGUCAGGCCUGUAUCAUCUCCUGUGAUGUCAUCUUCAACAAAAAGUCAGUCUAGUGCAUGGAGCAGCAGCAGCUGGCACGGACGGGUUAAAGGAGGAUUGAAAGGCUUCCAAAACUUUAUGGUUUCUGACAGCAGCAUGACUUUUGUUGAAUUUGUAGAGCUCUUCAAGUCUUUCAGUGUUCGAAGCCGCAAGGAUCUGAAAGAUCUCUUUGAUAUGUAUGCUGUACCCUGCAGUCGACUGGGUUCUGAUUCUGCUCCGCUGUAUACCUCUCUAAAGAUUGAUGAGAAUGCUAAUGGCCUCCAGCCUGAUUUAGAUUUACUGACAAGGAACAUAUCAGAUUUGGGAUUGUUCAUUAAGAGUAGGCAGCAGCUGUCAGACAACCAGCGACAAAUAUCUGAUGCUGUUGCUGCAGCAAGCAUUGUUACUAAUGGUACUGGAGUCGUGAGCACCUCUCUAGGAAUAUUUGGAGUGGGCAUCCAGCAACUCAAUGACUUCCUAGUAAAUUGCCAAGGAGAACACUACACCUACGAUGAAAUCCUCAGUAUUAUCCAGAAGUUUGAACCGAGUAUCAAUAUGUACCAGCAAGGAUUAAUGUCGUUUGAAGGAUUUGCACGAUUUUUGAUGGAUAAAGAUAACUUUGCAUCUCUCAACAACGAGUCUCAAGAAAAUUUAGAAGACAUGGUAUACCCCCUAUCGUAUUAUUUCAUUGAGUCUUCACAUAAUACAUACCUCACAGGACAUCAGCUUAAAGGAGAAUCCUCAGUAGAGCUUUACAGCCAGGUUCUCUUACAAGGGUGUAGGAGUGUGGAGCUUGACUGCUGGGAUGGUGAUGAUGGAAUGCCUGUGAUUUAUCAUGGCCAUACACUCACCACUAAGAUUCCUUUUAAGGAAGUAGUUGAAGCUAUAGAUCGUAAUGCCUUUAUCACCUCUGACAUGCCAAUCAUCAUAUCUAUCGAGAACCACUGUUCCUUGCCCCAGCAGCGAAAAAUGGCUGACAUUUUCAAGAAUUCAUUUGGAGAUAAGCUGGUAACCAGAUUUUUAUUUGAGAGUGACUUCUCUGACGAUCCAAUGCUACCGUCUCCCCUUCAACUGAGAAGAAAGAUUCUGCUUAAAAACAAAAAGCUCAAAGCACACCAAACACCAGUGGAUAUACUAAAACAAAAGGCUCACCAGCUGGCAUCCAUGCAAGCUCUGGCAAGCAAUGGUGGGAAUGCAGGAAACCUGUCUACGACCAAUGAAGAGGAGGAGGAUGAAGACGAUGAGUAUGACUAUGACUAUGAAUCUCUGUCUGAUGAUAACAUUCUAGAAGAUCGACCUGAGAACAAAUUAACCAUCGAUAAGCUUCAGUUUGAAUACAAUGAAGAAACUACCAAGAGAAUAAAGAAGACGGAUAGCAAUACACUCAGCAAUAAAGGAAAGGUUUAUGACAUGGAACUAGGUGAAGAAUUUUAUCUUUCUCAAAAUAAGAAAGAAAGUAGACAAAUUGCACCAGAACUGUCGGACCUUGUCAUUUAUUGUCAAGCUGUGAAAUUUCCAGGCUUGUCAACUCUGAAUCCAUCUGGCUCUAGCAGAGGGAAGGAAAGAAAAAGCAGGAAGUCCAUUUUUGGCAACAAUCCUGGGAGACUGAGUCCAGGGGAGCCAGCGAUGCUUGCCAAAGCAUCUGGAAAAGGUGCCUUUGACAGUGUGCGGCAGACGUGGGAAGAGCCUUGUGCGCCUGCUCUCAUCCCUGCGACUUCCCUCAGUUCUAUCAUAAGGACACCCAAAUGCUACCAUAUCUCCUCUCUAAACGAAAAUGCCGCCAAGCGCCUGUGCAGGCGAUACUCUCAGAAACUGAUCCAGCACACCACCUGCCAGCUCCUGAGGACGUAUCCGGCAGCAACACGCAUCGACUCCUCCAACCCUCACCCCCUUCUGUUCUGGCUGCACGGGAUACAGUUAGUAGCGCUGAACUACCAAACUGAUGAUCUUUCCCUGCACCUGAACGUAGCUAUGUUUGAAGCAAAUGGUGGCUGUGGGUAUGUUCUGAAACCACCUGUGUUAUGGGAUAAGAACUGUCCAAUGUACCAGUACUUUUGUCCCUUAGAACGAGAUUUGGACAAUAUGGAACCAGCUAUUUACUCACUGACAAUUGUGUCUGGACAGAAUGUUUGUCCUGGUAACAGCACAGGAAGCCCGUGUAUUGAAGUAGACGUACUCGGAAUGCCUCUGGAUAGCUGCCAUUUCCGUACUAAGCCCAUUCAUCGCAAUACUCUCAACCCCAUGUGGAAUGAACAGUUUCUUUUCCGGAUUCAUUUUGAGGAUCUGGUCUUCCUUCGUUUUGCAGUUGUUGAAAACAGUAGCUCAGCUGUGAUGGCUCAAAGGAUCAUUCCACUGAAGGCUGUCAAAAGAGGGUACCGGCAUCUUCAGCUGCAAAGCCUGCAUAAUGAAACAUUAGAAAUCUCAAGUUUGUUCAUUAACACUCGGAGAAUGGAAGAAAAUCCCUGUGGAAAUGUCAUGCCCACUUCUUUGCGGUUCAGCACAGUCGAGAAAAGAGCUGCUGCAGUAUCCAAGGUCACAAUACACGGAGUUCCGGGCCCAGAACCUUUCACUGUUUUUACUAUAAGGGAAGGGACAUCAGCGGCACAGCUUCUGCAUCAAAUUCUGGUCACUACAAAAGGCAUUGGAAAUUAUCCCACGGACUAUUUUUUGAUGGAGGAGAAAUGCUUCAUAUCUAAAGAAAGAAAUGAGUACAGGAAGCCACCAUUCCAAAGAGUUCUCAGUCCGGAGGAGGAGCUCGUCCAGCUCUUGAACAGCUGGUUUCCAGAAGAAGGCUACGUUGGAAGAAUUAUCUUUAAAACCCGUGAGGAAACCUUGAAUAGGAGAAAUCUCUUUCAGGAGGAGAAAGAUGAAGGCAUCACUAGCUCCGAGGAUGACAGCUUCUUUGUCCAGGUUCACGAUGUUUCCCCUGAACAGCCUCGGACGGUCAUCAAAGCCCCUCGCUUCAGCACAGCCCAGGACGUCAUCCAGCAGACCUUGUGUAAGGCCAAAUACUCCUGCAGCAUUCUGAACAAUCCCAACCCAAGCGAUUACGUCCUCUUGGAGGAAGUGACGAAAGAGUCCACAAAUAAGAAGACAUCGACCCCCAAAACCUCUCAGAGGAUUCUUUCUGACCAAGAAUGUGUGUUCCAUGCUCAAAGCAAGUGGAAAGGAGCUGGGAAAUUUAUCCUUAAACUUAAAGAACAGGUCCAAACCAGUCGCGAAGAUAAGAGAAAAGGCCUCUCAAUUGCUAAUGAACUUAAGAAACUAGCCAAGUCAAAGCAGUACAGGGGCUUUAUAACCCCACCUCUGCUAACUUCUCCAGAGGGUCCCCAAGGUAAAGACGAAAAGGCCGCUUGCAGCUUGACCUACAGUGACAUUAUGGAAUAACCUUCAGCUUUUUGUAUUCAGGGAAUUUAUGACUGCAAAGACAUGAAGACAAAAUGAAGCUGAGA